AUGGACUCCGCCAUCGACCCGAGCGUCUUCGCGGCGCUUCCCCCCGACAUCCAGCAGGAGCUUCUGGCGCAGCACAGCGCGCCCCCCGCCGCUGCAGAUGCCUCCGCCGCUCCACCCUCCGACGCCGACGCCUGGAGCUGCCGCGUCUGCACGUUCCUGAACCACCCGCAGCUCGCCGAGUGCGAGAUGCUCGGGCGCACGCUGCGCCGGCUGCGCGUGCCGGCCACGCCCGCCACCGUGAGCUUCUCGCAGAAGCGCGAGCCCACGGCCGAGGACCUGCUGCUGGCGGCCACCAGCAAGCUGCAGUCGGUCAAGCAGUCGUGGCAGGGCCGCCGCUCCAGGGCCAACUCGGCCGUGGAGGACAAGGCGGCGCUGCCGUCGCUGCAGACCUUGCGAGAGCUCACGGAGCUGCAGAGGGAUCUCCACCACAAGGUGCAGACCGGGGACGAGUGGUUCGAGACCUCGCUCGAGAGACUGUGGCGGGCCGUGACGGAUAAGGAUGAAGGGCAGGUUUUCGAGCGGAACGACGUGAAUUGGGUCGCGCUGGGCUUUCAGAACGCGUCGCCCGAGACGGACUUUAGAGGCGGAGGAGUGCUCGCGAUGAAGUGCCUGCUGUACGCCUUUGAAGCCCACCCGACCGAGAUGAGAGCUAUUCAGAUGGACCAGAUGCCCGACUCCAUGGACGGCAAACACAAGAAGAGGUGGUACCCCGUGUGCGUUGCUGGCAUCAACUUGACGUGCUUGCUGGCGGGACUGUUGCAGCUCGGAGACGGACGCUUUGCCGAGAGGAAGGAGACGUUCUGGCAGCUUUUCGAAGAGCCGGCCGCCUUCUACGAGCUCUUUUUCCUGGCUUUUAUCAAAAUGGACGCGAUCUGGCAUCGGCUCAACGCGACCUACAUGGAGUUUGGAGUCGUGCUCAAGGUUACGCGGAAGUCGGUUGGCUUUAUGCUGGAGCAAGCACCAGCCACGUUGACGGACCUGCGUGCAGCCAGCGAGCAGGCAUUCUUGGACCGUUUCGUGGUUAGCUUGUCGGCACGUUCGCUUGCUAACUGGGAAGGGGGCGAGUGUCCUGACCCGUACCAUGCGCUAGAAGCGGAGGACGCUCUUGUCAUAGCGAAGACGCGUGCUACAGCUAAACCUGCCACCGCUACUAAAGGGGAGGCCGUUUGGCCCCUGCACUAG